AUGACAUUCGGAACCGCCCUUUCAUCAUCUCCUACGUCGAUAACCCCAGAACCGACCUCCAUCACCUCUACUUCCUUCGAUGAUCACAAUGGUUGGCGGGGAGGUGUUCGCCCGCCCUUCAGAUCAAAUCCUGAUGGCUCGCCCACAUCUAUCGUUAUAAACAUCAGUGAUGGCGGUUCAACGGGCCGAGGGAUUCUCAUCGGUCUGCUUUCCGCCUUUGGCUCUGCUGGCAUUGCAAUUCUGGUUCUUGCAAUCUUCUUCUUUUUCAAAUAUACAUCUCGAGGUCGGAUCCUGUUAGAUCGGCUAGGUAGGCCUGGCGAGUUUGACGAUGAGCAAGCGUUUGCGCAUGAAGAGGCCGAGGCCUUGGAGACGAUGGAUGAGUUACAAAGGACGGAGUAUUUAAGAGCAAAAGCAUUUGUGCAAGCGAACCCUCCGGAGUCCGUGCAGACGGAUAUCUCACUGUCGCAAUUCCUCGCCAUUCAAGAAAAGGGUGUAUCCGCCUGGGAAUUUGAACCGGAGCUAGAAAUCGCCAAUUGUUUCGUCGAGGCGAGGACAGAAAUCGAGUUCUUCGACUCGGAAUGCAGCGUCCAAAGCAACUUGCCAGUCCCCAAACAAAACGAGGUAUACUAUUGGGAGGCCAAAAUCUACGAUAAACCGGAGAGUAGUCUGAUCAGCAUCGGAAUGACCACGAAACCAUAUCCUCUGUUUCGAUUACCUGGUUUUCAUAAAACAUCAGUCGCUUAUCUCUCGACGGGCCACCGUCGGUACAACCAACCAUUCACUCCCAGCACGUAUGGCCCUGCUUAUGUGCAAGGUGACGUGAUCGGCGUGGGCUACCGGCCGCGAACCGGCAGUAUCUUCUUCACCAGGAAUGGCAAGAAGCUGGACGAGAUUGCGCACAACCUGAAGAGCCAGAAUUUCUUCCCAACGGUCGGUGCCAACGGACCCUGCCAUGUGCAUGUAAAUUUUGGGCAGAUGGGCUUCGUGUUUAUUGAAGCAAAUGUGAAGAAGUGGGGAUUGGCGCCAAUGACUGGGAGCCUUGCACCGCCUCCGCCAUACGGCAGUGAGCAAGGUAGUAUUCUGCUCGAGACUGGAAGAGAAGGAACUCGACAGUCGACAUACGAACCCGGCCAUUCAAGGACCCGCAGUGGUUUGGCGAGGCUUGGACUACCAGCCGGCAGCCCAGGUCCGGUUCGAUCUCCCACAGAUAUAUCACUGGCACAACUGGCCCAUGUAUCGACGCAGGAUCUCCCCAGCCAGGGCACCACCUAUUUCGACAUUGGUGAUAUACAGCACCAGCCGGUGGAGAACACGCCAGCCGGGCAACAGAUUAUACCGCCACCAGAGUAUUCCAGCCCAACUGGCAGUCGGAGGAGCAGCGGCGAUGGCGACGAUGAUGAACGGCAAGGGUUGCUGCAAGUCGGGGGACCCCCAAUCCCUACCUAUGAUGCUGCCAUAGGAGAAGCAGCAGGACCCAGCCAUAUUUGA